UGGUACGAGUCACAGCUGUAGCACCAAUGCAUUCUGCCAAGACACUGAUGGCUCAUACACAUGUAUGUGUAAAAGUGGAUACACCGGAAUUGGCACAACUUGCAAUGAUAUUAAUGAAUGUGCCAGUGCACAAAACCACGACUGCCACUCAGCGGCUUCCUGUACAGACACUGAUGGUUCAUAUACAUGUAUGUGCAAUAGUGGUUACACAGGAAAUGGCACAACGUGCAAGGAUAUCAAUGAAUGUGUUGAUGGAAGUCACACAUGUAAUACCAAUGCACAGUGCCAAGACACUGAUGGUUCAUACACAUGUAUGUGCAAUAGUGGAUACACAGGAAAUGGCAUAACUUGCAAUGAUAUCAAUGAAUGUGUUGAUGGAAGUCACACAUGUAAUACCAAUGCACAGUGCCAAGACACUGACGGUUCAUAUACAUGUAUGUGCAAUAGUGGUUACACAGGAAAUGGCACAACGUGCAAUGAUAUCAAUGAAUGUGUUGAUGGAAGUCACACAUGUAAUACCAAUGCACAGUGCCAAGACACUGAUGGUUCAUACACAUGUAUGUGCAAUAGUGGAUACACAGGAAAUGGCACAACUUGCAAUGAUAUUGACGAAUGUGCCAGUGGUAUGAGUCAUGGAUGCAGUGCCAAUGCUGGGUGUAGUAACAAUGCUGGUAGCUUCCAAUGCACAUGUAAUGCUGGAUACAGUGGAAAUGGGGUUCAUUGUACAGGUAUGCUGCUUACUGACUAAUUGUCAAUGAAUUGGUUAUGUGUGUUGACCCUUAGUCAAUUAUCUAUCCAUCUCUUAUUUUCAAAGAUCACACAGCAAUGAAGCAGAUCUUUGUAUUUCUGGCUCUGUACACUGGACAUAGAGCACUGUACGCAGCCUGACGACCUUAGACAAUAGUCUAUCUCUGACUAUAUACCUCUUCAGGCUCUCUCUAUCUACUAGUAUCUUGCUCAUUUUUUAGACCAGCAACACUCUCCAUGGCAACACUCUCCAUAGCAACACUCUCCAUAGCAACACUCUCCAUAGCAACACUCUCCAUAGCAACACUCUCCAUAGCAACACUCUCCAUAGCAACACUCUCCAUAGCAACACUCUCCAUAGCAACACUCUCCAUAGUGAUGCUGCGCAACUUAUAGUUGUGGUAGUAGUGGGUGUGUUCAGCUGGUCUUGUACGGUUCUGGAUUUCUGGAUGAGUCAAUAAGGAGAUUUUGAUCGCCAUGCACCCUAACACUGCAAUCAGUGUAUACCCUCUCUUCAUCCAUUCUUGUCCUUUUCUCAAAAUGCGAAGCCUCCGCUGUAGCCAUCCACUGUAUCCAUAGA